UCUAGCGCUGCACGCGGGACAACGACGGAGUUCUGCAGAGCAGCCCUCCCCUCCGUGGCGCGCGGACCGCGCAGCGCCGCGCAGCAGGAGACACCUGACGUUCGUUCGACAACAGUGCGCGUGACGUUCUGAGCAGCGACACCAAGGAUCAGCCGAGAGCUUGCGCAGACCUGCGAGUCCUUCGGGGUCCCCUUCCUGUAUGUGGCCGACUGUCUCCAACGCUCUCCUCGCCCGUGAUUGUGUGUUUUGUUCGUGAGGCUGGCGUGCUAGCGAGCGCGUCUCCAUGUCACCCGCGUCGACCCACGACAGCGCCUGUUUCGACGCGCCGUGAAUGUGCUGCUGUUGAGGAAGUGAUUGAAAACGUGGAUUCCUAGCGCGUUCUACCUGCUCCUCGUGCGUGGAACUGUGAUUGCGAGGGCUGUCGCACCAGCUUCCAGGCGAACUCGCCGCGCAUCAUGUCCUCCGUGAGGCGACGUGCUCGGACCCCCAUCGGGAGUCCCGCCUACUAUGGCAGCUCUGCCUUCUCGGUCUCGUCGUCGCCGUUCGACGCCUCCCCUCGGUCCAGGUCGGCGCUGCACCAGAGCUCUUUAGACCUCAACAAAGGCCGCAACCCGUCCCUCUCGCGUAGGCUUAGGGACAGCAGCUGGGGAUCCUCGGAAUGCCUGUUCAGGCCCAGUUCGACAGCGUUAGCCUCGACGGCCAACUACGUCCUGUCCAACAUGGGCGCCGACUUCCAACGAUGUCGCUCGCCCGCGAGGGGUUUCACGCCGCCGCCGCCGUUGCGGAGGUUCGGACGCGAAUCCAGUCCGUCUCCCAUGUCCAGCUACUACAAAUCCACGUACGCGUCGUCCUGGUACGACGAGUACAGGCCCAUCCUUCGUGAGAGACCCGCCCUCGCCAACUGCGAACGACCGGCGAGAGGAUCCAAGGAGAGGCGCGAAUCAAUGGGAAUCAUUACCAGACACCGGCACGUCGUUAAGUUCAGGGAGGACCCGACUUUGCACGAGUCGAGCCCAGUUGUUUCCCGAACGAGGCAAGACGGAUCCGGUCACAGCACGCGUUCCGUCGACUCUGGUAUUGGUAGCUUCAAGGAAUGUCAGUCCGUUCAGUCGCCGGUUGAUCUCGAAGAUAUGUUGGGCCUCGACGCACCGCCCGUUGUCCUCGAAGAGCUUAGGCGCGACUUGCUACCUGCGACAACAGCAAUCAAGGGAGUCGAAGCAAAGCAAAGUGACACUUCUGCCGUCACUGUCCAGAACGACCGCGCAGAUGACAGCCUCGGAAGAAGACGGAGGAUGAGGAACCGAACUGCCUCUGAAGAACUGUUAAGCUCUGCUACUUCUAUUGUACCUCAAGAGAGCGAAAGCUCGACCUUCUUUAACCACCGCACGCGUGCAGCUGUGUCUAGGCCUGAGAAAGCCGAGAUCAACGGACUUGCACAGAAGCAAGACGAGGCCGAUGGAAAAACAACACCUACGAUCGAACUUCCGAAAGUGAGCGAGAUAUACGAGACCGUGGUCGUGAAGCUCAAGAAACCUAAAGGCAAAAAUGCGUCAGGUGACGUCUCUCCAGUACCUGAUACCGUAGGGAGUGUAGUACGCAGCCUUCCUACCCCUAAUGGACAUUGUGUUGACGCCAGCGACGAAUCAGUGCAAGCAAGGACGCGAGAAAUAUCCCCAGCUGUAGUUACAGUGGAGCUUCCGCCGAAGAAAACCGACAAUGCCGCUCAGGAAACAGGCCGUGACAGUAAAGCCACGACUGCUACAGCUACAAACGCAUUACAGGGAGUGAAAAAAGUGCCAAAAACGGGUAAGGUAGCCUCUUCUCUGGCCCAGUUGAAGACGGGUAGGAAACCGGAACAAGAUCAAACUAAAACGAAAAAAGAAGCAAAGAGUGGACCUCAUAGUCCGUCACCGAAAUCUAGUCAACCAUCUACUCCAGAACCUCGAGACAAGCCCAAGCUAGUCAAUAAAAUGGCGCCGACCGUGCCAAAACUAGGCACUCAGGAGCAACCAAAAUCUAAAAUAGAGGACACAAAGCCUCCAACCACCACAAAUGCAACGGGUUCGCAGUUGAAUGCUUCUAAGCUUGAAACCUCCGCUGUGCCGCAACUUAAACAGCAGGUACCAAAAGAGGCACCGACAUCUGAGAAGUACGACAAGAAACCACCAUUCCAAACGCAGCCGCAACAAAAGCCGGAACCAAAUUUGACAGUCGUGGACAAGCUUCGCACUGUUGAAACUUCAAAGCUUGCGGCUAAAGACGCUGUGACGUCCACAGUGCCACAACCGAAAGCCGCUGCCACAAAGCAGGAGAGCACCGAGAAAGCAAGCCCCGUCGCAGACACAACAGCCAAGAAGACCACGCUUGGGAUGCUUGAAUUCCGCAAGAAAGAGCCGCAAGGGAGGCUCGCAUUCAAGUCCAAAGAGCCUCAAGGAAUGCUCGAACUCAAGAAGAAACAACCAAUCCCGAUGGGUCCUCCCUCAGAGCCCACGGUUCCUUCGAAGCCUCAAGACAAGCUACCACCGUCCAAACCGCCCCAGGAGCCUCAGGCCGCGCCCGCGCUUCCGCCAAAGAAAGACGCACCAGCUGUAGUGCAACAAGAUAAGGUUCCGCCAGCUGGACCGAGACCCGCCGUUCCCACUUCACUUCCGCAGAAGAAGCGUUCUGCCGCGCUUCUCGACAAACCUUCGCCCACAUCGGACAAAUCGCAACCGACCACAACUCCACCGCGUGCUGGUUCAGCCGAGGCCAAAGCGGAUAAACGCCUUAAGAAGAUCAGGCGUAGCAAAGAUUCUGAAUCGAGCGGUCAUUCCGUGCCCUUCGAGCCCAUCGGGUUCAACCGCGCCUUCCCCGCUCGCUUCACCGCAGGUCGAAGCUGCGACUACACCGCCAGCGACACCCGACACCGGUGAGCCGCCGGGCAAGACGCCGCGGAAAGUUAAGAAGGUGAAGAAGGCGUCCAAGAUCAAGAUUGCCGGCUUAGCGAGCGGUUCUAGUAGCAGCGGUAGUAGCUCGAGUGCAAAACGAAGCGCCAAGAAGGCGUCUCAGGAACUGGAAUCGCCGACCGUCUCCGAAGCAGCCCCCAGCGUGCCGAGUGCUCCGGCCGCUCCAAGUGCGCCUCCGACC